CUUUCCCUCCGAGAAGGCGGCGGAGUUAGAUUUUACAGCCAUGGCUAAGAUUAAGGCUCGAGACCUCCGCGGCAAGAAGAAGGAGGAGCUGCUGAAGCAGCUGGAGGACCUGAAGGUGGAGCUGUCCCAGCUGCGCGUGGCUAAAGUGACAGGUGGCGCGGCUUCCAAACUCUCCAAGAUCCGAGUUGUUCGCAAAUCCAUCGCCCGUGUACUCACCGUCAUUAACCAGACUCAGAAAGAGAACCUCAGGAAAUUCUACAAGGGCAAGAAGUACAAGCCCCUGGAUCUGCGGCCCAAGAAAACACGUGCCAUGCGCCACCGGCUCAACAAGCACGAAGAAAACCUGAAGACCAAGAAGCAGCAGUGGAAGGAGCGGCUGUACCCACUCCGGAAGUACGCGGUCAAGGCCUGAGCAUCCAGGCGUCAAUAAAACAAACAAACUCACAAAAAAAAAAAAAAAAGACAGAGAGAAGUU